GACUAUUUAAAAUGAAAAAUUGUGACUUUUCGUAUAAAUAUCAUUUUAAGAGGUACAUGUUUUAGAUUGAACAUACUAACAAAUUUUGUUUUUGUGAUAUGUACUUUUCAUUGAACACAUGUUUCAUGUUCUAUUUUUAUACAAAAUUUCAGUGAUAUCACUAUAGUUUGUUUAAGUAUCGAAAUCUCACAUUUAAGAUUCAUUUAAGGUCUAUAUAUACUCUUUCAUUGUUUUAUUUAAUUUCUUUGCAAAAUGAAACAAUUGUUGGUUCAAUUAAUAGUAAAUAUAUUCAACAAUUUGAAGAGUAUUUUGUUGAGAGAAACAUUCUAUUAAUUAAUCACUGAUUUUGAAGUUUGGAAAACAACUGAAAAUUAUAAACUUUUGAGUCAUCAAUUAUUCUAUUAAUAGUAAAAGUCCGAGGCAUUGUUUUCAAUUGCGUAUUAAUAUUAAUGAUCACUUGAUCAGUCAACAGUUGAGAUCCUUAAUGAUUCACAAGUUUCAAUUCAUUUUGAAACAUUUCAAUUUCUUAACUAUGACCAGUUUCGGUUGUUAGCCAAUUCGAUUAAGCAAUUUCACGGUUGGUUUCUAAUGAAAAAAAUAAUAGAAACAUAUACUAUGUUUAGGUUUAUUUGGGUUAGAUAUUGUAAAUGUUUCAUUCAGGGAAUUUUCCUGCAGUUUCUUUUGUAUUUUCUCAUCCAUGAUCAGAAUAAACAAUGAAAAACAGAUUCCAAAAAUUCGAUCAACACAUAGGAAGAAAGAAACAUAACAGAAUAUAUAAGUUCAAAAAAAAAAAACAUAACAGAAUAUAUACAUAUAUAUAGAGCACUCAAAUCGGUAUUUAUGGAAUCAAUAACCGUCCGACGUUUACUCCGGCCUGACAUAACCGUCACUGAGACACGGAUAGAACUCUACAGAGAAAUACAAUGCCAGUUAAUGGCGAAAGGGCAUGACUCUUCAAAAAUCGCCUUUAUGAUCGCACCCAGAACCAUGCAUGUGUUUAAAAGAGAACAAAACAGUCUCAUCUUAUUGAUGGAAGUAUUGAUAAGAACUUGAGAGACUUACAUAUAAAGACACAUUAUGAAUUUUCUUUUCUCUUAAAGACACAUUGUUUGUUUGGCACACUUUGUGUGGACAGGUGUUUUUUCAGGACAUAAAUGCCCUUGGUUUUGUGUAAGUAGAAAAAUGUUCUUUUCAAGAAACCAACAGCAAAGCUAACUAAAUUUUCGUGUGGUUGCAAUAAAUGCAACAUUUAUUAUUAAAAAGGUUGGUAUAUAGAUUUAUGUGAAUUGUGUUAAUUUGGCCAUCGGUUCCGUUUCGAAAAAAAAGAUUUAAUGGUGGUUGUGAAGUUCUGGGUUUGAAGUUUUGUUAAUUUAGUUUAAGAGUUUUAACAUUUAUCUGAUAGAUCUUUCUUCUGGUUUCUAAACAAAAAGUAUAUGAGGAAAAUAUAUUUGUACACUACAGAAAGAAACAUCAACGUUUGCAAAAUGCAGAAACUAUCAUCUUAUAUGAAUCUCGUUAUUUACCAGAGUAUAAAAAACACAUAUAGGAUCUUUACUGUUAUUCAUAUCUCAUCUGACCAUUUCGCACUUGACCCCAAGUCUCAUGACCACAACGACCACAUCCACAUAACUGUCGUCCACACCAAUCACACCCACACAUCCUUUGUCCACAUUACGAGAGCUCGAUGUAAUGUUGUCCUCUCCACACCAAAACUCGGACCUGCUCACCAUCGUUGUCCCUACCUCUCGUCCAGCUUCUUCCUCCCUCUCCCAAAACAUAUAAAUCUUGUAAAUAACCAGAGCAUGGAAGAUACAUGUGGAAUCUUCACUGUUAUCCAUAUCUCAUUUGACCACCUCUUAUCUAGCCACUUCGCACUUGAUUCCAAGUCUCAUGUCCACAAUGACCACAUCCAUACAGCUGCCGUCCACACCGAUCACAUCCACACAUCCUCUGUCUGCAUCACGAGAGCUCGAUGUCGUCGUCCUCUCCACAUUGGAGAUCGGACCUGCUCACCAUCGUUGUCCCUACCUCUCGUCCAGCUUCUUCCUCCCUCUCCCAAGACAUAUGAAUCUCGUAAAUAACCAGAGCAUAGAAGACACAUGUGGAAUCUUCACUGUUAUCCAUAUCUCAUCUGACCACCUCUUAUCUGACCACUUCGCACUUGAUUCCAAGUCUCAUGUCCACAAUGACCACAUCCAUACAACUUUCGUCCACAUCCACACAUCCUCUGUCUGCAUCACGAGAGCUCGAUGUCGUCGUCCUCUCCACAUUGAAGGUCGGACCUGCUCACCAUCGUCUUCCCUACUUCUCCUCCAGCUUCUUCCUCCCUCUCCCAAGACACUCGCCACUGAAACUGCGGCGUCAACGACGUAAAUCCUUGUCGUGUCCUUUUUCGAUUCUUCUCAGAAUCUCGCUUCUCGUACGCGCCACUGAAGCGAUGACAGAGGUGGUGCAGAGCUUCAUCAGUGUCCAUCUCCAUCACAGAGAUCCGUCAUCAUCCAUAUCCAUGGCAAAGUUGAUAUCUUUUAUCACGAAAGAACACGGCGGUGAACACGACUCUCUCAGAAAGUGACAGAGAAGACAACGGUGCUUUGGUUCAAUUGUACUUAUCCAAGAUGAUAGAUGAAUAUGAAAGAUUGUUUUUAGGAUUAGGUUAAGAGAAAGGGGAUCUGGAGAUUUUGAGUUAUCGAUGCAAAAUAUAUAAAAAAUUAAUGUUUUUAUAAUUCAUUAUUUAUUCAAACACGUUGAUAUCUAGUUCAAGGACAAAUUGGACAAAGUGACUUGGGAAAGUGUCUUCCAAACCCAAAGUGUCUAAAUUGGUAAUUGGAAACACAAAAUAUGUCCUUGAAGGUAAACUUUUCUAAGAACUUUGAAAUCUUUAUCAAUUGAAAAGAAGAUGAAAAAAAAAACUAAAUAAAAGAGGAAAAUGGAACCACUGACAGAAGGCCGGUGGUCCUAGAUCGUGACUCUAUUUUUCAUCAGAAAUUCAGAACCAAUAAGGAGUUGUCUUUCAUUCGUUUUUAUAUCUAUUUUUAUAUACAUAUAUAAUAUUCAGUGAUAAAUCAUUACAAGUUUACAACUAUGAUAAAUCUUGCAACUAUUGGCAACAAUAGACUUUAGUGAUGAACCAUUGCAACUUUUAUUGUUAAUCCUUGAAACUAUUGGUAAUGAUAGACUUUAAUAUGAACCAAUUCAAUUUUUAAUGCUAACCAUUAUAACUCUUAGUUAACCAUUGCUUGGUUUUUAACCAUUGUAAAAAAUAAAAUCUAAAGAUAUAUCUUUUCAUCAAUUUUAUUUAUUAUACAUUUAAAUAGUCCAAAUAAAUAUAUUUUCAUGUGUUUCUUUUUUUUAACUUGAAAAAUGAUCUAUGAAUGUGUCUUUUUCUUAUUUGUUCAAUGUUUAUAUAUUAUCAUUUUAUAUACUAUAUAUUUUUUUAAAAGAAAUCUAGAAAAUAGCAUCUACUAAUCAACCAACUUUCACAAAUUAAUUUUAAUGAAAUAUAAUUUAUAUUACCGAAAUAACACAACUCUAUAUAUGUUUUAGAAUAUAACUUAUCAUUUUUUAUUUAUAAAUAUUCAUUGCAAACUAUAACUGUGUUUUUCCAAAUCUAAGCAUUCUAACUACACAUGUAAUCAUUUUCUACUGUACAUGCAUUUUUAUAUGGUUUCAAAAAAUUAUGAAUAUAAAAAUCUCUUAACUUUAUAAAUUUAGUAAAUGAGUAGACAUAUAUCUUAUUUGGUCUUGAUAUAUAUGUAAUUUUGUUACAACUAAUAUCAUCAAUAAAUAUAGUUUUCUAAUAUCAUCAAUAAAGGAAUAUAGGUCUAAAUAAGAUAAUUUUGUUACACAUGUAUUUUUAAAAACAAUUAUAUAAAAUAUGGCAUAUUUUUCUAUAAAAUGAGUUCCUGUGCGAUAUCGCACAGGUUCUUUACCUAGAAAUGAUAGUAAGAGUAAAAAUAAAUAAAAUAAAAUAAAUCAACGAAAAUACUUAUUUUGAAAACAAGGAUCGUCUCAGACUCUCAGCAUAAUGUUUCGAAGUUAGGCUUUUAAAGUUGUCUCUUCUCCAUUCCCAAAGUAUCGGAUACUACAAGGAAGCAAAAGGAAAGAUAAAUAAUGCUUGUUUUCAGAGGAAGGAAUCAUCAAUUUACUAGCUUUCAAACACAAAAGGAAAGAAUCAUCACUUCGUAGUCUUCAUUCUCUAUAUAACUAAAUGAAACUCAAGUGAUAUCAGUAUUAUCGUUAUGGCAAAACAGAGCAAUCUAAACAUUUUCUUAGAUGUGUUUGCACAUAUCUUAGAAGAACAAUGGCAAGUUGAUGUGCUGCUCAAGGCAGGAGACAGCGAUCCAGAUGCAGCAAUCUCCGCUCACAAACUUGUUCUGGCUGCAAGAUCAAAGGUCUUUAAGAAGAUGCUGGAGGAGGAUGAGUGCAAGACUUCGUCUGAGAAAGAGAUAAUCACUCUCUCUGAGAUGAAACACGAAGAGCUAAAGGCUUUGGUAGAGUUCAUAUACAGUGAUGGCUCAACGCCUUGUGCAGGGCAUGCUCGAUCACUUUAUCUAGCAGCGGAUAAAUAUGAGAUCCCGCAUCUACGAGACCUGACCAGAAACGAACUUAUAUCUUCUCUGAACGCAUCUAAUGCUCUUGACGUUUAUGAGCUUGCCCAAAUCCCUUUCGAUGACGCACUAAACAAUGCUGCCUUAAGCUGUAUCCGAAUGAAUAUAGCUACAAUUGCUUACUCUGAUGAGCUCAAGCUGUUUGCAGAGAGUAACCCAAAUCUUACAGUGGAGAUAAUGAAGGCCUGUGUUGAACAGAGUAGAAUCAGAAACUACACUUUUUGCAUUCUUGAGUAGAAGCAUGUGUUGGGGCCAAAAUUGCUUUAAAAUUUUAAGGGGCCAAUACUUAAUCAGUGUAAAAACGUCUAUAGCUCUAUUGAUAAUUGUAUUUGUGUGCAUGUUUAAGAACAUAGGUUCAAAUCUGUGUGUAUAUAUUUUUGAAAGCUAAUAGUUAAUGUGCCAAACAAAAAUUUAUGCUUGAGGGCCUAAAAUAUUCAGGCACGGCCUUGACUGUUGAUUACCAAUAAUGUAGUUUUCCUUCUUUUACUACACAAAUCCGUUCAUUUUUU